UUUGGAGGUCUCGUCGCUAAUUGUUAGUAUAUAUAUCAAGCGCACACGGCACACAAAUAUCAAACAUACACUCUUAUCAAGAUCUCCAUUUCAAUUUCUUUGCUCCUUAAUUAUAUACAUCAAACAUAUGUACGAUAAUACAAACACGGUCACAUAUAUACACGUAUACCUCAAUGUAUUUAUCGACAUUUUGUUGUUGUUUCUGAUAUCAUAGUGGUCAUUAUUUUUUUCUUUUAAUAUAUUACUCUCUCUCUUUUCCUGUUUCUCUCCCUGUUUGUGAAAAGAUGUCAAAUAUUAAGAUCUUUCAUUUAUUCCCUGACGGCAAAGAUAUCUUAGCCAUGCAACAACAACCCGAGAGUCUCCUAGUUCCAUCAAAACCCGACUCUCCUGGUUCAUCUCUCCCUCAUCAAGAAAAUCAAUCUAAAAGACUACGAAACCAACAACAGGAUCAAGAACAGGAGGAAGAACAAGAAAAGCUCCAAGAUGGACCGAGAGGUAAACGAAAAUGGGAAUGUGUUGAUGGAGCUUCUAGUGUAGAGAUCCCAGAGACGCCGAGGAUCUCGAACAGCGUGUGUUGUUGUCCUCCUCGGCCACCGAGAAAGCCCAAAGCUACUCCGGCGAUGAAGAGGAGAGCCAUGUGGGUAAAGAGAUCGGUAGUUUUCUUAGAUGUAGCUAGAGAGGUCGAAUCCAUGUUUCCUCCGUCUAUUCUUCAAGACUUUGGUAAAAAGAUUAAGAAAGCUAGAUCUUAAUCGAUAUACAAUUUAUCUGUAUAAGCUUGAUAUUUUUUUUUUUGUGUUACCUAUAAUUUUAUACGCUAUAUUAUUGUGUUAAUAUAUUAUAAGGAAAACUAACGUUUAGGGUUUGGUGUGCUA